CAGUGCAAAUACAACCAUCAUCCCUAUGCUACCCCCCUCCCCCUAUUCACUUCUACUAGUUUCACUUUUCAUUUCAUGGGUCUUGAUGGGUGCUAGGGAACAACAAGGCCUUCUAUUCUAUUCUAUACUAGGCCCUCUCUAUUUCCCCUUAAUAAAACCAAAAUUAUCAACACUAACAUUUCACUUGUCUUUCCUUCCUUAAUCAAAACAACAUUACCCUUUCCAGAUACUCUCUCUCUCUCUACACCCAUCUUCCCUUGUGUCUCCCAAUGUCAAUCUAACUAGUGCAAUUAAAAUAUUUUAAUCUAAUCUACCUACGGAGGUGAGUAUUAUUUCUUUUUACUUUUACUUAAUUAGAUUAGAUUUCCACUAAUAUUUUUUGUCCUAUAUAUUCUCUAUUUCCUCCUUUAUCCGAAAAUUAUUUUCCCAAAAAAAAAAAAUUAGAACAAUAUUCCCAUUAGUGGUCCUAUAUAAACAGUUAAAGCACUUCCUUAGAUUUCUGAGAAUAGGAUUGAUUAGUGAAAUUCGGUUGGUGGGAUUAUCAUUUAUCAGAAUAAUCACACAUUAAAGAAUAAUAGUAUCUUACUAUCUUUGCUACUGCUAGUAAUCAUAUAUAUCUUCUUUCUUUAGUAGCUUAUAUUCCUGGAGUAUUGGAUGGGGAUGAAUUAGGGUUUAGCAUCCACAACCAUAAUUAAACCACAAAAAUAUGCAGAUUAUAGUUUAAGAGAGAUAUAUAUAUUAUUCUAAUAUAGAUCUCAAACACACAAAGGUUAAUUAGGUCUUUGUUAAUGGAAACAAAGAUGUCACAAACAACUUUAGGUUACAAUAGAGAUUCUUCUUCUUCUUCACCAACUCCACCACCACCACCUCAAGUUCACACAUUAGUCUUCAAUAACCCACCUCAAAAUUCACACCCUAACCAUAAUACUACUACUAAUCUUUAUCCACCACCACAUCUUGCACCUUCUUCUCAAAGACCUAUCAUAGAUCCAGAUCUAACGGCUGCAACAACAACUACUACCUCAAUAACAACACAACCUCAACCACAACAAAUAAUACCAUCAACAGCAACAAAAAUAUGUUACCGAGAAUGUCUGAGAAACCACGCGGCAAGCAUGGGAAGCCACGUGGUAGAUGGAUGUGGUGAAUUCAUGCCAAGCGGUGAAGAAGGUACCCCACAAUACUUCAAAUGUGCUGCUUGUGAUUGUCACCGUAAUUUCCAUCGAAAACAUGUCCAACAACAACAUAGUAUUCCUCAACAACAUGUUCAGCAUGUUCCUAAUUAUCAUCAUAGCAACAACAACGGUCACCUUAAUCUUCCAACACCAUCUUCUUCAUCUCAAAGAGUUUCACAACCUAGUUCUGGACAAGUUCCACCGUCCAUGAUGAUGACUUUUGGAUCAGUUCCAGCUGAAUCAUCAAGUGAAGAUCUCAAUAUGUUUGGUGCACAAUUUUCCAUACAGACGCCGCAGCAACCGCUUUCGAAGAAGAGGGUAAGGACGAAAUUCUCACAGCAACAAAAAGAUAAGAUGAUGGAGUUUGCUGAAAAGAUUGGGUGGAAGAUUCAGAAACAUGAUGAACAAGAAGUGCAACAGUUUUGUUCUCAAGUUGGUAUCAAGAGACAGGUUUUUAAAGUUUUUAUGCAUAAUAACAAACAAGCUAUGAAGAAACAACAAAUGUAAGCUUAGUUUUAAUAAACAAAUUUCAUUAUUUUUUUUCUUUAAAAAAGCAUAGCGGCGAAACUCGCAUACACUGAGUGCUGAAAUGUGGAUAAUUGCGAGUUCAAACUCGCACUCUAAUAUUAGAAUUUUACUUAAUUAAGACAAUUGAUUUGAUAUUUUUCCA